UGGGUGUUUCCCACCCCCACAGGUGUUACCCUGUGGGUGCCUCUUCCCCUUCCUGCCCCCUUAGCAGGGUCUGUGUCCUGCUGCCGCCCUGCUCUGCUGUCACACGGGACGUGGGGCUCCUCUGACACCACACCAGGACACGGAGCAGGCAGGAAUGGGGGCGAGGGGCUGCCUGGGGCCACUGCUGCUGCUGCUGCUGCCCCUGCCUUCGGCGUGGGCCUGGCUCCAGCCAUCGAUCAUUGGGGGACACGAGGCCAAACCCCACUCCCGGCCCUACAUGGCAUCCCUGCAGUUUGGGGGGGUCCACGCCUGCGGGGCAGCGCUGCUGCACCGGCACUGGGUCCUGACGGCCGCCCACUGCCUGGCCCAGGGGACACUGGCCAGCGGGAGAGUGGUGGUGGGGCUGCACAGCCUGCGGGACCGCGGGGCGGCCACACAGACCUUCCCCAUCCGGGCGGCCUGUCCCCACCCCGGCUACGACCCAGGGACCAUGGAAAACGACCUGCUCCUGCUGCAGCUGGAGGGGACGGUGACGCCGGGCCGGGCGCGGCGGCCGAUCGGGCUGUCGGGGCGGGGGCCGGCGGCGGGGGCCACGUGCAGCCUGGCGGGCUGGGGGCUCCGCGGGCGCGGGGGGCUCUCGCCCACCCUGCAGGAGCUGGAGGUGAAGGUGAUGGACCCGCGGAUGUGCAACAACAGCCGCUUCUGGGACGGCGGCAUCGCCCCCACCAUGAUCUGCUUCCAGGGGCAGCCCCGGGGCUCGGCCCCCGCCAAGGUGAGCGUUUGGGGGUCCGAGGGCUACAAAGCUCUGCCCACCCCCAACCACCACUCCUGGGUGUGGGGGGCUCCGGGGGGGGAGCUCACCCCGAGCACAGAGGCCAGAUGUCCCCCCAGGCGUGGUGGGGGUCCCCACCUCUGGUCGAGGUGCACUCUCUGGUGUCACCCCCGUCCCCCAGGGGGACUCGGGGGGCCCGUUGGUGUGCGGGGAGCGGGCGGCGGUGGCCGGGGUGAUGUCCUUCAGCGGCCCAGAUGUCACCGACCCCUUCAAGCCACCGGUCGCCACCUCGACCGUGAAGUACAAGAAAUGGAUCCAGAAAACCCUGCGGAGGGGCUGCAAGUCCCCCCAGCCCCCAAGAGACUGAGCACCCCUUCCUAUUUACACAGGUUGGCUUUUAAUGGGAAUACUGUCCAGAGUCCGGUAAAAUAACAUCCUUAGUACAUAGAUACAGUGCUGGGGGAGCAGGGCACGGCACAGCCCGGCAGGAUUGUCCAUGGAGGAGGGGGACAGCGGGGCUGGGGGUGGGCUUGGGCCCAAGGGGCGAUGCUGGCCUUCCCACCACCCUGUGCUCCGUUACAGCUCUCAGGAGUUGGGACACGUGCUGCCCCUGGGACUUUCCCCCUUUUCUUCAGCCCCAGCUCCAGGCCUCCUGCACUGGCCCCAUGCCAGAGCGGGGGUCUCCAAAAUGUGCCUGUCCCCACGACCCUGGGGCACUGUCCCUGCAGCCCCUGUGGCACUGGUGUGGGGGGACAUAUGGAGGGACACAUAGGUCACCCCGUCCAAAGCAGGUGGUGAUGGUGGGAGGACUGGGAGAUACCCAAGGGGUCAGGGAGCACCUGGAUUAGGGGGUCCCUCUGCAGCCCAUCCCACUCCAAGGGGCCGAGGCACUUCCAUCACACCCCAGUCUUGGCACCUGGGGCCAGCUGGCAGCAGGAUUGGGGUGUCCCUGGGGUUUUGGGGCUGGGAGCCCCCCUUGGGCGUAAUCCAGUCCUGGAUGGAUUCGUGUCCACAUCCACAAGGACACAUUGGGAUCCUGGCUGCGAGCUGGGACAGGGAUCUUCUGCCCUGGGGAUGGGAAGCUGGGGAGCUGCAGAUGGAGGGGAGGGACGCCAGACCCUUCCCUGGGGGUUGGUCACCCCGGUGCCAGCUCAGCACCCUGUCCCCUCCCAGGGCAGCUCCCCAGCCUGGUGACAUGACCCUGUGAAAAGCCCCCCAGGAUGAGCUCAUCGGGACCCCAGACACCCCCGUGAGCCCCUGCAAGGCUCCCCCUGCACCAUUUCCACCCUCCACCGCCUCGGACCAGUGCAGGGACCUCGGCUGCUGGUCCCUCCAGCAGCACAAACAGGGGUCCUGGCCCCCAUCACCCCUGCAAAGCCUCUCCCCUGCGUCCCCUUCCCCCAUUAAUAAAUGAGCUGUGACCGCUGGCAGA